AGCCCGGGGAAGCUGCUCGGCCGCGCCAGCUGCGGCACUGGCUGUCCUGCCGGGGCUUCUCCGCCAGCGGUGGCCGGUGGGCGCCAGCGCCAUGAGGCCGAGGUGAGCUUCACCUCCUUUGGUUGCUUCAGCUGACUUGUGGAGGUAGGGGGACUUUGGAAUCCCUCUGGAGGGAGCUCCUGGCUGCUGCAAGAGCAGGAGAAUGAGCGGGCAGCGCGUGGAUGCCAAAGUUGUGAUGCUGGGCAAAGAGUAUGUGGGCAAGACCAGCUUGGUGGAGAGAUACGUGCACAACCGUUUCCUUGUGGGACCCUACCAGAAUACAAUAGGUGCUGCAUUUGUGGCCAAAGUGAUGCCCGUGGGAGGCAGGACAGUGACCUUGGGAAUCUGGGAUACAGCUGGCUCAGAGAGAUAUGAGGCCAUGAGCCGAAUAUACUACCGUGGGGCAAAAGCUGCCAUUGUAUGUUAUGAUCUUACUGAUAGCAGCAGUUUCCAGAGGGCAAAGUUUUGGGUGAAUGAACUACAGAACUUUGAGGAGAAUUGUAGGAUCUAUUUAUGUGGCACCAAGAGUGACUUGCUGGACGAGGACAGGCGAAGGCGGGGAAUUGACUUCCACGAUGUCCAGGACUAUGCUGACGAGAUCAAAGCUGAACUAUUUGAAACCUCCAGUAAAACUGGACAGAAUGUGGAUGAACUCUUCCAGAAGGUGGCUGAGGACUAUGUGCAGUUUACUGCCUUUGAAAUGACAGAGGAGAAAGGAGUUGAUUUGAACCAAAAGAGCAGCACCACCUACUUUUACAGCUGUUGCCAUCACUGAAUUCUUUCCUUGUUUUGCCAAAAGCAGUGCUCCCUUUUGAGGUUAGCAGCACAUGCUCUUCCAAGGUUCGGCUUUUUACCUGCUACGUGGCAUGUCUUGCCCCUCGGACAAGUAGAGCAUCACUAGCUGCCACCUCUCCUUGGAAAGGGGAGAGAAAAUGCAGCAAAUUCAGAGUUUUUCUGCAUACACUGCAAGACUUGCUGCCUUGUUGACCAGAGACCGUGAUUGCCUUGUGCUCCUGUUCCCUCCAGAGGCUGACUAAAUUAUUGAAAUGUGUCAGGAAUUGCUAUCUUUCACGACUGGCUUCGUGCAGACGAGACUCUAUGCUGGCUGUGGUUCAUUCUGCCAUUUUGAAGGUGUUGUCCGAUUCUUUGCUUGUUAUUUAAAUAGCUUGCAGUAAGUUAUAUACAUGUAAAUAAAAGCACAUUGUUCUGUGUUGUUGAGGAA